GAUCUCUCUCUCCUCCCCCCUCCACCGCACAACCUGUUGUGCCUGGGCGCGAGCGGCACGAGAGUCACGAGCGCAAGUGGGACGCCACGCACGAGCCUGCAGUCUCAGCGUAAGAUGGCCUAGCAGCGAUGUCCCAGCUGUACUACCGUCGUACGGACAACUCCUCGUACAGAGACCGCAUCCCUCUGCGGAUCGUGCGGGCCGAGUCGGAGCUGUCCCCUCUGGAGAAGGCCUACCUGAGUGCCGUGGAGAAGGGAGAUUAUGGCAGCGUCAAGCAGUUCCUGGAAGAGGCUGAGAUCUACUUCAAAAUUAACAUCAACUGCAUCGACCCGCUGGGCCGCACGGCGCUCCUCAUCGCCAUCGAGAAUGAGAACCUGGAGAUCAUCGAGCUGCUCCUCAGCUUCAACGUGUACGUGGGCGACGCCCUGCUCCACGCCAUCCGCAAGGAGGUGGUGGGUGCUGUGGAGCUGCUGCUCAACCACAAGAAGCCCAGUGGAGGAAUGCAGGUUCCUCCAAUCCUGCUGGAUAAGCAGUUCUCUGAUUUCACCCCUGACAUAACCCCCAUCAUCUUAGCUGCCCAUACCAACAACUAUGAGAUCAUCAAGCUGCUGGUCCAGAAAGGAGUAUCGGUGCCCCAGCCACAUGAGGUGCGCUGCAACUGCAUAGAGUGUGUGUCCAGCUCGGAUGUAGAUAGCCUGCGGCACUCGCGUUCGCGUCUGAACAUCUACCGCGCUCUGUCCAGCCCGUCGCUUAUCGCACUGUCCAGCGAGGACCCCUUUCUCACGGCAUUCCGCCUCAGCUGGGAGCUGCAGGAGCUCAGUAAGGUGGAAAACGAGUUCAAGUCUGAGUACGAGGAGCUGUCCCACCAGUGCAAGCAAUUCGCCAAGGACUUGCUGGAUCAGACACGCAGCUCCAGAGAGCUGGAGCUAAUCCUCAACUACAGAGAUGAUGUGAGUCCCCUGGAGGAUGAGAACAACAAUGACCUGGCCAGGCUCAAGCUGGCUAUCAAGUACCACCAGAAAGAGUUUGUGGCGCAGCCAAACUGUCAGCAGCUCCUGGCGUCCCGCUGGUACGAUGAGUUCCCGGGCUGGAGGCGGCGACACUGGGCCUGCAAGUUCAUGACGUGCAUUUUCAUCGGCCUCCUGUUCCCCCUCUUCUCCAUCUUCUACCUGAUUGCUCCCAAGAGCCACUACGGCCUCUUCAUCCGCAAGCCCUUCAUCAAGUUCAUCUGCCACACAGCCUCCUACCUUACCUUCCUCUUCCUGCUGCUGCUGGCCUCCCAGCAUAUCGUCCCCCAAGCACCAAUGCGACAGGGACCCCCACCAACCAUCGUGGAGUGGAUGAUCCUCCCCUGGGUGCUAGGCUUCAUCUGGGCAGAGAUCAAACAGAUGUGGGAUGGGGGCCUUCAGGACUACAUCCACGACUGGUGGAACCUCAUGGAUUUUGUCAUGAAUUCUCUGUAUCUAGCCACUAUCUCCCUGAAGGUUGUGGCUUACACAAAGUACAAUGGCUGCAGACCUCGAGGUGAGUGGGACAUGUGGCACCCUACCCUGGUUGCAGAGGCAUUGUUUGCCAUCGCCAACAUCUUCAGUUCUCUGCGCCUGAUCUCCCUCUUCACAGCCAACUCCCACCUGGGCCCCCUGCAGAUCUCCCUAGGUCGAAUGCUUCUGGACAUCCUCAAGUUCCUCUUCAUCUACUGCCUGGUGCUGCUGGCCUUUGCCAAUGGUCUCAAUCAGCUCUAUUUCUAUUAUGAGACUGAUGGUUCCAAUACGACAGGCCUCUGCAAGGGGAUUCGCUGUUCACAUCAGAACAAUGCCUUCACCACGUUAUUUGAGACACUUCAGUCCUUGUUCUGGUCCAUCUUUGGCCUCAUCAGUCUGCAUGUGACUAAUGUUGACCCCGACCACCAGUUCACAGAGUUUGUGGGAGCCACCAUGUUUGGAACCUAUAACAUCAUUUCUCUAGUAGUGCUUCUCAAUAUGCUGAUUGCCAUGAUGAACAACUCCUAUCAACAUAUCGCAGAUCAUGCUGACAUGGAGUGGAAGUUUGCCCGAACUAAGCUGUGGAUGAGCUACUUUGAAGAAGGAGGUACUUUGCCUCCUCCAUUCAAUAUAAUCCCCAGUCCAAAGUCUGUGUGGUACCUAAUCAGGUGGAUCAAGAGGAACAUCUUCAGGAAGACAGCCAAGAAAACAGAGACUUUUGGGUCUAUUAGCAGAAGAGCUGCUGAGAAUGUCCGCAUCAAUCACCAGUAUCAGGAAGUGCUGCGAAAUCUGGUGAAGCGCUACGUGGCUGCGAUGAUCAGAGACGCCAAGACAGAAGAGGGUCUAACAGAGGAGAACUUCAAGGAGCUGAAACAGGACAUUUCUAGCUUCCGAUAUGAAGUGCUAGGAAUGAUGAAAGGACAUAAACCAGGGAUACAGGGUCCCCAAAAAAGCACAGGGGCCUCAAACCUGGCCUAUCCUGACCGCCCUCUCAAGGGCUCUGCAGCUCCCUCUGGAGGACAAAUGAAAAGCAAGCUUAAACUUCUCAGCGUCACCACUUCUAUUCUCCAGCAAAAUUCAAAAGCUAGUGCUAAAGGCACGGAACACUCUCUGGCUAAUGGCUCAAUCCCCCAAUCUUCGGAAAUGACGUCUUCUGACAAGACAAAGAGAGACUUCUCUGGACUGUACCACCAAAUACGCCAUAGAGGGACAAACAGUCCUGGCAGGAUCUUCUCGGUGUGUGAGGAAGUUGAUGAGUCUGACACAGAGCAACUGGUGGAGGAUAAUGAGAACAACAAGCCAUCCGAGACGCUGACCAUGGUCAGUCAAAGUGUUGUGCUCGGAGAUGGCGGGAAUGAGGUACAGGACGUGCGGGGGCAAGAAAGUGAGAGAUUUGCACAAAUACCAUGCAUAUGUGAGGCAACUGCAAAUGACAAGGAUAGUGAAAACGAUGAGGAAACGAUAAGCAGAUUAUAGUAGCAUAUGACCGCUAUGUGAGUGACAAUCAGGCAUGGGUUAAGGCCAAAACUGCUGUGGCUUCUUCGGGAAUUGACUGAGCUGAGCAGUUAGAGACUUCUGUGAGACUAGAGAAGUCUGCAGAAAGGUUGAUCAAGACCAUAAACGGUAAAUCACAAACUCGUUGACCCUCAACGGUAUCCAGAUACAGCUUGCAAGAAUGACCAGUGUAGAGCAUGGACAUGGCUUUGACUGUCCUUCUGAAGAAUUCUGUGGAGGAGACUCAGGGAUGACUGUUACUUUGGGAGACUUGUACGGCCUAGUAUGGUCUCCGCAGUAGCGGUAGGCCACAGAGUGAGGAUAGGACUCUUUAUGUUGCCAGUAAAUUCGGUCCAUUGCUAGCUUCAGACAGCCAUCCUAAAACUCAUGAGAUUUCACUUUGUGACUUUGUGUGGCUCUAGGUUUUAGGUUUCAGCCUGGCAUCCCCAACUCAGUAAACAAAAAUCCACAAAUACAUGAUAUACCAAGCCGGUGGUUGGCCAUCUGAGCCGUGUGGGCCAUCAGAGCGCCGGUGGCUGACCGUUGCGCAUAGUUUGUGCAGCGUGUCCUGCAUAAUUGAAUCUAGUCUGCUUUUUCAAUGGCAGCACAAGCACCAAAGUUAUAUCACCACUAAUUGGCUUUUUAUCUAUUUUUGCUUUCAAUGUCCAACUUUUAACCAUUGUGUGGUGUUCCGGUCUGUGGGACUCAUUUUCAGUGUUUACCAAAAGAAAGAAUUAUGCGAUUUAUUAUUAUUUCAACCUCA